CUGAGAAAAGCUCCGAGAGACGCGAUCAGACGAUGCAUGCCCACAGACCUCAUCCAGGAGGCGCUGCGGCUGAGUCCCCGCCAGCUCACAAAAUUCCUGGGGCGCUUGGCGCAGGAGCGCCCAGCGCUCGCCAUCGACGUCAUCCAUGGCCUCCAGGGCCGAUCGGAACUCAACGCCUUCCACCUGGGCGCUGUGCUGGGCGGCAUUGGCCGAUCCAAUUGGCGCCAAACCUUUCGCCUGCUGCAGCUGGCCAUGGACCACACCCUGGAGGUGGACACCGUGGGUUUCAACGCCAUCCUCGCGUCCCGCCCCGUGGACGGUUCCGGCGGUUCGAGCUGGGGCCGUGCGGUGCAGGUGCUGCAGUGCAUGGGGCGCCAGGAGCCGGAGUUCCUGUUGAAGCAGGAGGUGGAAUCCAAUCUGGUGAGCUGCAAUACGCUCAUCUCCUCUUGUGAG